UUGUAGACGUUCCCUUGGCGUGUUCCGCGAUGAUGAGGCAAAGCGCAUUGUCGAGCAGUGAGCGCACCUCGCCGUUCCUUUAGAAUAGACUGACUACGCACUGAAGGAGCUCCUCUCGCCUAGGAACCUUUCAGAUAUAAAGCAAAUUGCGAAAAUUAUCUUGUGUCUUGUGUGGGAGAACAGUGAUACGACGGAGAACCAUAAUAAUCAUUUUUUUGGGCACGCUAUUUAGCAAUGGAUGAAAAGCAUUGCCAGCGCUGGUAGAAGAUGAAGAGAUGAGCAACUGGCUUGUAGCAGAUAAAGUGACUGAACCAUAAUACAGUAGCUAUGUUGACUUAUCUUUUGUGUGAAACAUACAUUUGCUUUAUGUAUUGCACAGUCUGACAACGUUUUUGGGGCAUGGGACCUUAUUUUAAUUUUCGUUAUUAGACCAUUUUGAUGCACGACCAUUUGAACUCCUGUAGUUACAGCAGUGGAGCUGACAGUAAAUGAGAGACCGUCACGAUGCCCCCGGGGGAGUAUGGGAUGCUGGGCGAGUGGGAGAAGGAGGGGGACCAUGACAUCAUGAUGGACUUCCUGCUGCCCACCGGGAUCUUCCUGAAAUUCCCUGUGUCUCGCAAUGACACCAUCGGGGCCAUCAAAAAAAUGGUGUGGAGGAACGCUAGCAGCGAGCCCCUGUAUGGAGCGCUUAGCGACGCGGACGCUUACGUGUUCACCUGCAUCAACUCGACGGCAGAGCGCGAGGAGCUAGAAGACGAGACCCGUCGUCUGUGUGAUGUCCGGCUCUUCAUGUCUGUCUUGAGGCUGGUGGCACGGGAGGGUGACCGUGUGGAGAAGCUCACCAACACCCAGAUCAGCCUCCUGAUUGGCAAAGGUCUGCACGAAUUUGACUCCCAGAAGAACCAUGAGGUGAACGAGUUCCGGACCAAGAUGCGGUCCUUCUGUGAAGAGAAGGCCCAGGACCGCCAGCGGUUGCCAUGGUACCAGUGGAUGGAGUACAGCUUCUCGUGUGAUCUAGAGCCAUGUGUUUCCCUGGCAGAGCCUGGGGGCAUCAAGACAAAAGGCACUAAGAAGAUCUUUGUCAAUGUCAAGUUUGAGGCCAGCGAUGAAAGCUUUAUGCUUCAGCAGGAGCCCCAGGACCUGCCGGUGAUCUUAAUGCGCAGUGCCCUAAAGAAGAAGGCCACUGUGUUUCGCUCAGUGCGACAGGAGAAGCCAGAGGACUACACUUUACAGGUCAAUGGGAGGUGGGAAUUCAUAUACGGGAAAUACCCCCUGUGCCAGUUCAAAUACAUCUUCUCCUGUUUGAGAGGGGGUCAAACCCCCCACCUGACCAUGGUUCAUCACUCCACCGUUGUCAAAUACCAGGAGGAGCAGGGCUGCCUGGGCAGCCAGGUGUCCAAGAGUCGCUCCUUGUCUAAGCCCCCCCCUCUACCUGUGAAAAAGCAGAACACGUCGUCUUUGUGGUCCAUUGAGGAGCCUUUCCACAUUCACUUGCUACAAGGCUACAGAGUCAACGCAGAUGAAGGAAUGAAGCUGGUCGUCCAGGCAGGUCUGUUCCACGGCAGUGAGCUGCUGUGUAAGGUAGUGACCAGCGGUGAGGUUAACGUGUGCUCCGAGCCCUUGUGGGACCAGAAGCUGGUGUUUGACAUCAGCGUGAGCGACCUGCCUCGUAUGAGCCGCCUGUGCUUUGCUCUCUACGCCGUCAUCGAGAAGGCCAAGAAGCCCCGCUCCACCAAAAAGAAGAACAAGAAAGCUGACUGUCCACUAGCCUGGGUAAACACCAUGGUGUUUGACUAUAAGGAUCAGUUGAAGACUGGGGAGUUCCUUCUCUCCACCUGGCCUUCAGUCCCUGAUGAUAAAGGCGACCUCUUGAAUCCAAUGGGCACAGUGGAGAAAAAUCCCAACGUUGAUAGUGCAGCAGGACUCCUCAUUCGCUUCCCCAAUAUCCGACCUCACCCUCUCUACUACCCCCAUUUCGACAAGUUGAGGGACCUAGAAAAAAAUGGAGGGAAGGUUAUAGCCACCAAGGUAGAGCAUAUGAAGCUAAAGGAAAUAGUAGACAAUAAGAACUACACAGAGUUCUUUGAGGACGAGAAAGAGCUUCUGUGGAAGCUACGCGGUGUGGUGCGGGAGCGCUACCCAGAGAGUCUGUCCAAACUUCUCCUCAUCACAAAAUGGAAUAAGCACGAGGAUGUAGCACAGAUGGUGGCAUUUCUGCAGAAAUGGCCGGACCUCCCUGCUCUCCAUGCCCUGGAGCUGCUGGACUACAGUUUCCCUGACCCAAUGGUCCGCUCCUUCACCAUCAGAUGCCUAAGGAAGCUGAGAGAUGAGGAGCUGCUCCAGUACUUGCUGCAGUUGGUUCAGGUUCUGAAGUAUGAGUCUUACCUGGACUGUGACCUUGCUACUUUUCUGCUAGAGAGAGCCCUCUCCAACAAGAGGAUAGGUCACUUCCUCUUCUGGCAUCUCAGGUCAGAAAUGCACGUAUCCUCGGUCAGUCUGCGUUUCGGCCUGAUUCUAGAGGCUUACUGCAGGGGCAACAUCUAUCACAUCAAGAGCUUAUGUAAACAGAACGAGGCUCUGAACAAGAUGAAGGCUCUGAAUGACUUUGUGAAGUCGGGCUGGCAGAAGACGUCGCGCCAGCAGAUGACAGACGACAUGAAGCUGUGUAUCAAACAGGAGGCCUACAUGGAGGCCCUCUCAUAUCUGCUGUCCCCGCUCAAUCCCAGCAUCAUGCUCUCAGAGAUUUGUGCGGACAGAUGCAAGUUCAUGGACUCCAAGAUGAAGCCCCUGUGGCUCAUGUACAAGAACAAAUGGGUGCAGGGGGACACUGUGGGCAUAAUCUUCAAGAACGGAGAUGAUCUCCGACAAGACAUGUUGACCCUCCAAAUGAUCCAGCUGAUGGAAAUCCUUUGGAAGAAAGAGGGACUAGAUCUAAGGAUGAUCCCCUACGGCUGCCUCUCCACCGGGAACAAGACAGGCCUCAUUGAGGUGGUGAAAAACUCAGACACCAUCGCCAACAUCCAGCGCAACAACAGCAACAGUGCCGCGACUGCUGCCUUCAACAAAGACGCCCUGCUCAACUGGCUUAAAUCCAAGAACCCAGACAGGGAUAAACUUGACCAGGCCAUUGAGGAGUUCACACUAUCAUGUGCUGGUUACUGUGUAGCCACUUACGUGUUGGGUAUCGGAGAUCGCCACAACGACAAUAUCAUGAUCAAGGAGACUGGGCAGCUGUUCCACAUUGACUUUGGGCACUUUCUGGGAAACUUCAAGAGCAAAUUUGGGAUCAACAGGGAACGUGUGCCUUUUAUUCUGACGUACGACUUUGUCCACGUCAUCCAACAAGGGAGGACCAACAACAGUGAGAAGUUUGAAAGGUUCAGAGAGUGCUGUGAGCAGGCCUAUAAGAUCUUGUGUCGCAAUGGGACUCUGUUUGUUAACCUGUUUGCCAUGAUGAAAGCAGCCGGACUGCCUGAGCUGAGCUCCUUCAAGGACAUCCAGUACCUAAAGGACUCAUUGGCUUUGGGGAAAUCGGAGGAAGAAGCGCUGAAGAAUUUCAAAGUCAAGUUUAACGAAGCUCUGAGAGAGAGCUGGAAGACCAAGGUGAACUGGAUGAUGCACUCUCUUGCCAAAGAUAGCAGACUUUGAAUAAAAGCCACUGCCCGGAGAAGCGUUCUGAACCUUAAUACCCUGAUUUGUCGAUCUGAUCAGGGUUUUCAGCUUAUGGAGCCAAAAGGAAUGAAAAUGCACUGAAGUCUUUGUCGUAAAAUAAGAGCAUUUGGCAAUGUUUUACAGAUGUUUACACCUGACUGGCAGUCAUGGUUAUGGUUUAUGAACUGAUGCAAAACUGCAAGUACUUGUUGACAGUCACAUUUCAUUGGGAGUAAUUGCCAUUGUUACUAUAUCAUACAGACAGUACAGGGUUGAAAAUCAUUUGCACGUGGGCACGCCCUGUGUCAACCAGACCUAUCACCACAUGAAUAGCGCCCUGAAAGUGACAGUCUCAAACCAAAUUGGGAGCAAACAACAUAAUAAUGAUGCCUAAUGAAACAAUGUAUGAACAUUUUGUCAGGAGAGUAGUAAGAGAGAGGAGUUAAAUUAUAUGUGAAAUACUGUAAUAGGAGAUUGAUUCAAUGACUUGAUAAGUUGUUUGCAUUGAUUAUAGUUAAAUGACCAGGCCAGCGAGAGGUACGUAGGACCUCAAGUGUUUCAUGCGGUUUACAUUCAUUCUAUGAUUUUUAAAAAAAAAAUUAAACUUUUGAAUUUUAUUAUUUUCAUUGAAAUAUACUGUAUCCUCUGUUGUACAGUGAGCUCCAAAAGUAUUGAUACGUUGUUUUGCUGUUUUGGCUCUGUACUUCAGCACUUUGGAUUUGAAAUUACACAAUGACUACGAGGUUAAAGCACAUACUGUCAGCUUUAAUUUGAGGGUAUCUUCAUCCAUAUCGGGUGAACCAUUUAGAAAUUACAGCACUUUUGUAAAUAGUCCCCCCAUUUUAGGGGACCCAAAAGUAUUGGGACAAAUUAACUUAUGUGUAUUUAAGUAAUAAAAAGUGAAGUAGUCGGUCCCAUAUUCGUAGCGUGCUGCGACUACAAAUUGGUUGGAUGCAUUUGCUGUUUGUUUUUGUUGUGUUUUAGAUUAUUUUGUGGCCCAAUUAGAAAUAAAUGGGGAAUAAUGUAUUUGGGGGGAUGAUACUUGUGCAUCUGUAAAUUUCUCACUCAUCAUUAUUCAUGAUUCAUUCAGAAUUGUCCGUAAUCAUGGUAGCAUGGUCCACAUUAAUGUAGAAGAAGUGUUUAGAAACAUAUUCUAUUCUUAUUUACAAUAAAAGUGAGUCCAAAAUUACUCACUACAUUAUUUACCAUCAAUUUCUAUUGGGCACAAAAUAAUCUGAAACACAAGCAAAACAAACAGCAAGGGCCUCCAACAAAUGUGCAGAGUCACAAGCUUGAUGUUGUCAUUGUGUGCUAUGAAUAUGGGACCAAAUACCUAACUUUUUACUACUUAAAUACACAAGUGAAUUUGUCCCAAUACUUUUUGUCCCUUACAAUUGGGGGACUAUGUACAGAAAGUACUGUAAUUUCUAAACAGUUAACCCAAAAUACCCUCAAAUUAAAGCUGACAGUCUGCACUUUAACCACAUAGUCAUUGUAUAAUUUCAAAUCUAAAAUGCUGGAGGACAGUCUGCACUUUAACCGUAUAGUCAUUGUAUAAUUUCAAAUCCAAAGUGCUGGAGUACAGAGACAAAAACGAAACAAUUUGUCACUGUCCCAAUACUUUCGGUGCUCACUGUAUUUAAAAUCUUGAAAGUGUGUUAAAGGUUUUUGUACAAAGAAUCAAGCUUUCUUUGUAAAGGUACUUUUUAGGUUUUGCCAUGAUAAUGUCAUGGAAUACGGUCUUAUUUGUCUAUUGUGUAUGUAUGAGAUUUUGCCAUCUGGGAUGUUUUAUACCUUGUGGAAUGAGAUACCCCAGUCUGUUGUUUGUAACAGAGAUGGAGUCAAGAGUAUAUUUCCUUCAACAACAUUGCAUUCCAGCACUGCUCCUACAUAAGUAAAGCAAGACGUUUUGCCAGCCAGGAUUUUGAGUCACUGCUACUUGGCCAUUUAACUCAGGAGUUGAUAUUCAUACGGUCUUGUCAGAGACUAUUACACGAGACCCAGACCCAUACACUGGUGCCAGGACUCAAGCCCAAAACUUGGACAGUGAUCCCCAGACCAAGUGAUCUUGUGCGGUUCUUCAGACCAAGAACACAAGUUUGAGUCUAUAAUAAAUGUGUAAUAAGCCAUAGCUCUUUAUCUCAAGUGUCGCUCUUCAAUGUCUUUAUGUGGUGUCAUUAUACAUACGCUACCUGCUACAUGCUGUGAAAUGAUGUAGGGUCGAUUCUCAUGAUAGGUCAGUUGAAUUGAUCUACAAUACCUUGAAGAAAAUGCAGGGACAGUUCUGUAUGUUUUAGCUUUCAGAUAUGCACUGUAUGUUGUCCCCAGUGGCAGUCCUGACCUAUGUGCCUCUCUAUGCCUUUUACUUUUAUGCUUGAGAAAAUUAUUCUAGAAAAUAAUACUGUACAUACCUAGCGGGCUUUAUCUCUCUCAUCUCAAAAUGCUGUGUCAAUGCUGUGUAGAGUGACUGAUGUUCUGUGAAAACAAACCAUGAUAUUACUGUAUUAAUGUACAUUUGUCGUUUAAUUAUGCAUUCUGUAUCUAUUCUCUCCUGAUCAGAGUAUACUGUGGACAGAAUCCACUAAUGAUUGUUUUAACCAUAGGAUGUGUGUGUGGGGGGAGGAAGCGUUGCUAUUGAACACUGGUGCCUAUUUAAUUGAUUUAUCUUGUAUGUCCAUUAUUUUCUGUUGUUGCAGAUUGCAAACAAGGGUCAAUUGUAAAACAUAGGGCAUUGCUGUGUGGAACACUGAAAAGCAUGAAUUGAAGAAUAGCUUUUAUAUGCAUUCCAUUGCUUAACCUGCUCAGUAAUAUCUGCACUGAAUGUUAAUAUAGCCAGGUAAAUGGAUAUUUUAAUAAAUUACUAUGUUUUAGUAUUUUGUUAAUUAGUCCACAAUCCCAUCUCUUGUAUUUGCAUGGCAGCAGUCAACUUUUCAAGAUGGAGCACUUUCAGUACAGAGUAAAAACUGUGAUUAUGGGUUUAUCUUGAAAACUUGACUGCUGACAUGCACCAUUUGGGGGGGGGAGUAAAAAACAAGAUUUUAAAUAUAUUUUCACACUAAGGUUGGAAUAAUACUGGGAAAAUUAUGAAAAUGCCCUUCUAGUUUGAAAAGACCACCUGAAAUGUCAGCCUGUUAAGGUGGGAUGGCGUUUUGGCCUGCCAGGUUAAUUAGUCCAAAUUUCUCUGCCAAUAACAUCUAGUUUUCUGUUUUUACCGCCCCAUUCCCAGACAGUCCUAACAAAAUUCUUGCUUGAGAAAUUGCACUGCUAAGAAGCAAUUUUUGUUUAUUUUUUACUACGUUAAUUGAAAACAAUCACAGUAAGGUAUUUAAUUGUUACCCAGAAAGGAUUUGAUAUUGAGAUAAAAAUGUCUGCAUUGGACCUUUAACAGUGGAAUAAUGAAUAAAUUACCAAUAGUUUUUGAGUAAGGUGAUCAUUUAAGUCAGGGCUCUCCAGCCCUGUGCCUGGAGAGCUACCGUCUUGUAGUUUUGGUUGGAUUGAAUACCUACAGGAGUGUCGCUCUCCAGGAACAGGGUUGGAGAGAAUUGCUUUAAGGGUGUUCCAGAAUACCCAUAUUUCCAGAAUAGCCAUAUAUUUUUAAAGGCCAGUGUGGAGCAAGAUGUCUUUGUUAGGCAUAUGUGCCUUUUUGGUUUUCGCUAUUGAUAAUCUUUAUGUGCUGUGAAAUACAUGACCGUGUCUUUAUUAUUAUUACGGCCAUCAUUAUCAUCAAUAUUAUUGUCAUCAUCAUUUCAAGCUUUAUAAAUUGAUGGUGGACAGCCUCUGUGCUUUUCAUUGCAGCAUCUUUUUAUGAUCAAAUAUAUUUGUAUUUAUGACCAGGGCUCUGAACAUGUGCAUAGACUUAUUCUGAAAAAAAUAGGAAUUUGAGAACCAUAGUUAAUUUCCCAUGAACCUUGUGCUCGCAAGUAUACUGGAUUGGCUGGAAAUGUAUCCCUGCUUUUGAACUACCUGAAUCAAUUAUCUGAAUGAGUAAUACUAUUAAUCAAUGUUUUACCAUCAUGAAGUUCAAGUGAUAGACUCAAACAUACUGUGUUAUACCUAUUCAAGUUAAUGCGCUUUAUGGCUCUUUCAACUCAACACAAAUACACUGUAGACUUGAAGGAGGGAGGGCCUUUGUUUUUAAUUUGGCAUUUGCUAAUUUGUUUAAACCGUGUGGAAUCACGUUUGUGAAAUAAAAAGGGGACAC